UUUGAAUUCGGAUGUUUCUCCUCUUCAAUAGAAUGGAGCCCAGUUUAGCUGGGGCCACUGCGAAAAAAAAGGAUACUUAUAUGUCUAUAUAUACCUCCUAUGAUUGAAGUAUACAAUGAACAGGUAGUAGUAAAGUGUGGGAAGACGUUCAUUAGUAGCUGAUGGCAGUUGUAGGCUUUGUGGACUGGAGGGGAAACCCGAUAGACAGAAAGGUUCAUGGAGGAGUCAGAGCGGCAUGUUUUAUGUUCUUUCUGUCAGUGAUGACGAACAUGGUGAAUGUUCCAAACAUAUUGAAUUUGGUUACAUAUCUCCAUGGAACCAUGCAUAUGGGAGUCUCAAGCUCUGCAACCACGGCUACUAACUUCUUUGGCGCCACAUCUGCAUUUGCUUUAUUAGGAGCUUUCCUCUCAGACUCUUACAUUACUCGCUCUAGAACCAUACUCCUCUUUGGUCCCUUGGAGUUUCUGAGUAUUGGAUUGCUCGCUCUGCAAGCCUACCUUCCCUCUCUUCAUCCACCGCCUUGCAAUACUGAAGCAGAUCUAAGCAACUGCGAAGAGGUUCAUGGCUUGAACUCUGUCAUAUUGCACAUAGGCUUGUAUGCCUGGGCAUUCAGUGAAGGCUGUAUCCGUGCUUGCAUGCCAUCACUUGGAGCAGACCAGUUCGACCAUGAAGAUUCCUCUGAAUCCCGUCAACAAUCCAGUUUCUUCAACUGGUUCACCUUUGGAAUCUCCUUUGGAAGUUUUAUAGGAUUGAUUCUAAUAGUGUGGCUUCAGAACUACAAGGGGUGGGACAUUGGACUUGGUGUGUGUGCACUCCUAAUUCUUCUUGGAUUGCUCCUAGUUGCUGCUGGUCUCCCUUUCUACCGCAACCAAAUACCAGAAGGGAGCCCUCUAACUCGGAUACUGCAGGUUCUUGUGGCUGCAUUCAGGAACAGGAACUAUGAACUUCCCGAGAAACUUGAGGAAGCACAAGAAAACAGUAAUGGACUGAAUUCUAUUGAAGUACCCUGUAAUACAGAUUGUCUGAAAUUUCUUGACAAGGCCUCCAUCAACCAUGGCGAAGAUGGAGCCUGGUCAGUUUGCAGCACAAUGAAGGUGGAGGAGACAAAGGUUGUUCUUCGAAUGCUCCCCCUCUUCAUCAGCUCCAUGGUCGGCUAUAUCUCAAACCCUCUCCUCCUCACAUUCACGGUGCAACAAGGCAGCAUGACGAACACAAGGCUGGGCAAGAUACAUAUCCCCCCCGCAACGCUCUUUGUGAUCCCCAUCACGUUCCAGAUGCUAAUGCUCGCCGUCUACGACCGCUUCCUUGUCCCUUUCCUCCGCAAGCGCACGGGGUAUGCCUCCGGCAUCACUCACCUGCAGCGCGUUGGCCUGGGCUUUGGCUGCAUGAUCGUCGCGUCGGUCGUCGCGGGGGUCGUCGAGAGGAAGAGGAAAGCAGCAGCCGUGCAGAUGUCCCUCUUCUGGCUCGCCCCUCAGUUCUUCCUGCUCGGCGUGUCGGACGUGACGUCGUUCGUGGGCCUGCUCGAGUUCUUCAACAGCGAGGCGCCGAAGGACAUGAAGUCGAUCGGCACGGCGCUGUUCUGGUGCGAGCUGGGCCUCGCUUCAUGGAUGGGCACGUUCCUGGUGCAGCUGGUGAACAGGGCCACACGGCAUGGGCACCGUGCAGGGUGGCUCGAGGGUGCAAGCUUGAACAGCAGCCGCCUCGACCUGUUUUACUGGGUGGUUGCUGUCGUCGGGCUGGUUGGCUUCUUGAAUUUCCUCUACUGGGCGAAGAAGUACGUGUACCGCCAUGAUCCGCGCAUGGUCACCCCAUCAGUUGAUCAGGAUUCACCAUGAUAGGUUGCACUUGAAGCACCAUUUAGGUACAGUACUCCACAGAAAAUAAAACCUGCGGGUUUACAAAUCAAAAGCGUAACCAUGUACUGAUGUAAGUUGCACUAUUAAUAUGUUAUUUGUGUUGAGAUGAUUGGCUGGAUUUGAUCAUUGAUCAUUCCGAUCUCAAUUUACAUUUAGAUUAAUUGCUUAUCCUGAAAGAAGCUAUU